GGCCCUAGGAAAAUGUCUGUGAUCAUCCCAGGGAUGAACAUGAAUCAUGAACGCGUCUCAUUUCAGCCACAAAAUGACAACGAGAGCUUGCUUUCGAGAUGGCAAAACAAAGCCAUGGAAAACCUGAUCGAACUGCACAACAAGGCCCCCGUCUGGAAUGCUGACACUCAGUCCUACGUCCUUAACUUCCACGGCCGGGUCAGCCAGGCGUCCGUGAAGAACUUUCAGAUCGUCCACGAAAGUGACCCUGACUAUAUAGUCAUGCAGUUUGGGCGUGUGGCAGAUGACGUGUUCACACUGGACUACAACUACCCUCUGUGUGCCCUGCAGGCCUUUGCCAUCGGGCUCUCUAGCUUUGACACCAAGCUAGCAUGUGAAUAA